AUGAAGGUGAGUGAACUGUUGUUACAUCCUGCAGAAUGUAUUGCCCUUGUGCAAUUCAAGUUUGUGCGGAAACCGCUGUUUAGCGGUGUCGGUGCAGGUCGGGAGACCGCAGACCUUGCCCGUUGUCGGGAGUUGCUGCGGCUGACGUCGCGGUCGUUUGCCGCUGUGAUCAUGGAGUUACACCCUGAAUUGCGGGACUGUGUGAUGCUGUUCUACCUGGUGUUGCGUGCGCUGGACACGGUCGAGGACGACAUGACAAUCGACGACGCGGUGAAGGUGCCUCUUCUGCGGUCGUUUGACGAGAAGUUGCUUCUCGACGACUGGUCCUUCGAUGGGAAUUCCCCUCAAGAGAAGGACCGGUGUGUGCUCGUUGAGUUCCCCUGUAUCCUGCGGGAAUUUCACAAGUUGCGUGCGGAGUACCGUGACGUGGUGGUGAGGAUCACACGCGAGAUGGGCAACGGGAUGGCGGACUACAUCGAGGACGAGCAGUUCAACCGCGAGGGGAUCCAGACCGUCGCGGAGUACGACCGGUACUGCCACUACGUUGCCGGGCUUGUCGGUGACGGGCUUACGCAGUUGACUGUGCUCGCAGGGUUCUCCUCCCAGGAACUUGCCGAUAACCCGCAGUACUUCGAGAGCAUGGGUUUGUUCUUGCAGAAGACGAACAUCAUCCGGGACUACCGUGAGGAUUUGGACGACGGGCGUGUUUUCUGGCCUAAAGCCGUGUGGUCUAAGUACACUAAGGAACAGGAUGGCACCCUCGCUGAGUUUGCCUCGUUGGAGAACACGGAGAGUGGUGUGUUCUGUAUCAACGAUCUCGUGUUGAACGCAUUGGACCACAUCGAGGACGUGCUGACGUACUUAGCGUCCGUGCACGAGCAAUCGAGUUUCCAAUUCUGUGCGAUCCCACAGGUGAUGGCGAUUGCGACACUUGCCCUCUUGUGCAACAACGCCGCCGUGUUGCAGGGGAACGUGAAGAUUCGGAAGGGGACGACUUGCUGGUUGAUCCUGCGGUCGCGCACUUUCCGAGGGUGCGUCGAGAUCUUCGAGGAGUAUCUCCGUGAGAUCCGCGGGAAAGUACCCGUGCGUGACCCUAACUACUUGAAGUUCAACGUGCGUAUCGGCAAGAUCGACCAAUUCAUCGAAGAGUUGUACCAGAGUAACCUCCCCGAGGGGAUCCAGCCUCGUAAGACUCCAAUCUACUUGAAAGUCAGCGAGCGUACCAAGUACGACGACAAAGUGGCCCCCACGAUACAAGCUGAACAACAGACCAUCCAGUGGGUCCUUGUCACCUGUGGCUCCCUUGUGGCCGCUCUUAUCGUGGGUUACCUCAUGAAGAGGUGA